AUGCCCAUGGAUCUCGGAUUAAGGCCAGAUGAUUGUAUCCAAGUUUAUUGUGGAAGGGUCUUGUGGGCAAGAGUGGGGACCCUCAACGCGAGUGUCCUUUCCCAGCAACAGCCCCACCAGUGUCUCAAGGACUUCGGUGUCCCCAACUCAAGUUGGAGCCCAGAGAUGAUGGACCAGUUUCAGAAGUUCACAAAGCUGUCCGAGGACGGGUCAUGGCAGCGCAUUCCGAGUUACAACAACUGCGUGGACAGCAUGCCAGAAGGGCGCCAGAAGCGAGAGUCGCAAAACGGAGACCGUCGCUUCUUCGUCCACAGCAUCGACGGGGAAGGCUUGGGCUUCGAGUACAGCGUGUUUAUGAACCCUUCGGAGCAGCGAGCGGUGGCCCUCUUCCAGCCAGGGCCCUAUCUUGAAGGACCUUUAGGAUUUGCCAACGGCGGGGCGAUCGUCACUAUCCUGUACCAGGCAGUGAGGGCUAGCAUCAACCUCAACGCGAGGAUCGCUAACCUCAACAUAGACUAUAAGAGGCCCGUGGCGCUGGGCUCCGUGGCCUUGGUGGAGGCGCGGGUGGACAGGAUCGAAGGCGGGAAGGUCUUCCUGAACUUCGAAGUCCGGAGCGUGGAUGGGCAGACCCUUUAUUCCCAGGGCGUUGGUAAGUAG